CACACACGAACGUACUGUUGACAUUUUGGCUUAUUUGAAGACGUAUCGACGAGUUUCACCGGCAUACCUGAAGACGUAGUUCAAUGGCUAGUCCACGAACUCGACGAGUUCUUAAAGAACUGAAGGUUAAAGAUGAAAAUAGUACAUGUUUUGAGUGCAAUGGUCACAACCCUCAGUGGGUGAGUGUGACAUAUGGAGUAUGGAUAUGCCUGGAAUGCUCUGGGAAACACAGGGGUCUAGGCGUUCAUCUCAGUUUUGUAAGAUCAGUCACCAUGGACAAGUGGAAAGAUAUCGAACUAGAGAAGAUGAAAGUAGGCGGUAACAAAAAGGCACGGGCUUUCUUCAAAUCUCAACCUGACUACAGUCCCAGUAUGACUCUACAGGAGAAGUACAACUCCAAGGCUGCUGCUCUUUACAGAGACAAGAUCUCAACAGAAGCCGAGGGUAAGGAGUGGAGUGAGGAGACAUCCUCCGCCCGUAACUAUGUGUCAUAUCAGCCCAGCCUCAAACUGAAUACCUCUAGUUCUAGCUCAUCAUUAAACAGACAAGGUGAAAGUGGAAGUGGGCCCAACAAGAGUUACCAUGACGACAGUUACCAGUCAGGGGGAGGUGGCCAAGAUUUGAUUGGCGGGUACACAAGAGAUGAAGUCAAUAAACACAAGGAAGACUUUUUUACCAGAAGGCAGAUGGAAAAUGCCUCAAGACCAGAUAAUUUACCACCUAGCCAGGGAGGAAAGUACGUCGGGUUUGGAAGCAGUCCAUCACCAGCAAAGAGCAACGAUGACAUGUUGGAAAACACCUUGUCAUCACUAUCUGCUGGUUGGUCUACCUUUGCUUUGGGAGCUACCAAGUUUGCAUCAUCAGCUUCAGAAAAGGCAACAAAACUUGCCACUUCUGCCACCAAAAAGACAAAGGAACUUGGACAAAGCGUCAAUGAAAAGGUGAAAGAGGCCAAGAUCUAUGACAAUAUGUCAGAGUCAGUCUCCAGCCUGGCCAACAAAGUAAAGGACGGUACUUUACUGAAUGACGUUGGCACAUCUAUGAGUGGCCUGGCCUCCAAGUUAACAUCUGUCAGUACAAAGGGCUGGAAGGAUCUGUCCUCAUUAUGGGGUGAACCCAAGACGACCUUGGCCACAGCCGACACCAGCCCUGGAGAGAAGACUUCUCUACUGGCCAUGAAAGCAGAUGGGUCUGUUGAUGAUCCAAGUAAAUCUGGCUUACUGGCUGAGGAGGAUGAUUCCUGGGGAGGAUGGGGAGGAAAUGAUUGGCAGGACCAGCCCACCAAGGGAAAGGAUGAUGAGGACUUUGAGGCGUGGUUAAAUGAUGACUCCGCCCCCUCUGAUUCCAAACCCAGAUCUCAGAAUGUGAAAAAGCAGCAGUCUAAUUCUUCAGAAGGUUGGGACGAUUGGUCCGGAUGUGGUGGAGAAAAUGAUAGCUGGGGAUCAUGGGAUGUGGGCUCAACAACAAACAACAAAUCAACGUCUUCUAAAACUUCAAAGAGUUCUUCCAAGGACAAAAAACCUAUCAAGGCUGCCGAAGGUUGGAAUGAUGCGAAUUGGGAUAAUGGUUUUACUUCUGCCGAGCCAGCUCUCGGGAACCUCGUAGACCUGGGUGGUGCAGAAGAAAGCUCAGGUUGGGACAAUGAGGUAUGGGAAAAUGAGGACGAUGAAUGGCAGUCAUUGGAUGUCAACAGCAGUAACAAAUCCUCGAAAAAGUCCUCCUCGGGAAAGUUUCGGAAAGGAGAUUAACAUAGCCCUUCCUUAAGACUUCAAAAUUUUUUGUCCAUCGAGAGUGUUGUUAAAUGAACACCUAUUUACAUUUACAGCACUUCUCAGUUUCAAAACAGAUGAGGUAAUAAACACAUUUGUGAUCCAGUCAAGAAUGGAAUUACCAGUAAACAUGUAUAUCUUUGUGUACAAAUACGAGUGUGAACGGAGAAUUAUGGAGCUGUGACUGCAAAUGCCUGGCAGUAUUGUCAGAAUUAUCUCCAAGUUGAAUGUUUUUACCUGCUCUGAAGAUUAAUGUGACUAUAAUAAUAGUGUGAUAAUGAAACUGAAAGGCUGGACCAGAGUUGUUAUGGGAAAACUUACAUGACCAGAACCCCUGAUGUCUUUUGAGAAGAAAUUCUGUUGAUGUGUACGUGGAUGGAACAUCUGAAGCAGGGUCUCAGAAUAGUAUUAAUCAGACUGGCUGUUCUCUGCAAGCAUCCCAGUAGUGAGUUACUGGCCUACUCGUGGCCUGCAUGUAGGUUGCCUGUGGACUGAUUAUGGAAUGUUGAAAGUUGGCUGUUUAUCGUGACCCAUGAAUAGCAAGUGAACCGUGAAGGCAAGGUAUAAUAUAACAAGUGGAGUCCCAGAAGCUACUUACAAGCAUGCUAGUGGUGAACUGGUGGGAAACUAGUGGCAUGCCACAGAGAACCUUCAGCCUGCAUGGUACUGUACAGUGACUUAAACCGGACAGUAAUUUAAUUAACCUCACUGAAUUGUGAGAUUGCUUUAUGAUUUCACACAGAUGUGGAGUAAAUUAUUUAUGACCUGUGUACAUCUAGAUCUAGAUGUGUUGCAUCAAAAUAGUAAUAUUUUAGUAUGUUUAAAUGGAGAAAUGGUCAUCUUUAUAGAGAGGUAUGCUGUUCAUUCUGACAUUGGAGUCGCAGGCGCUACAUAGUAACACAUGUACAUAUUUACCAUGCCACAAGUUUUUUGUGUUAUUUUUUUCUUUGUGCUUUACUGAUUUGUCCCAAAAGUGAUAAAGUCAUACAGUACUUGCAUGUACGUGAUUGAUAAUUUAUUGGAGCUUUACAUGAUUCCCGUCACAAAUGGACCAAUACAUUGCACAAAUGCAGUCUGACAUUUUUGUGAGUACACGUAGGUAAAUAUUUUAUAAGAAAACUUCCAUUUUGUAUGCUUCAGAUUUACAUGUAGUUGAAUUGUCCAGAUUUCACAAUUUCAUGAGCGUAUGAAAAGGUCUGUUCAAACUAUCUUCAAAGGAUUCCAAGAAUACUAUAAUUGAUUCCGAAUGAAUUUGCAUUUAUUGAGGUAUUAAAGCAUUAUACAUGCAGUACCAUCAUCCUGACGUGCAGGUAUCCAGGCUGUCCUUCAUCAGGAAAACGCUUUCUCACCUGUAGAGGAACAAACUUCAUGCAGGUUAAUAUACUGACAUUCUAUUCCUGGGAAAUUUGUCGUCACGAAGAUCGGAAUAUGAUCAGACUGACAUGUAAAAUUUAGGACAUUUUACGCACGAGAGGAAUACUAUGAACAAAGGUUUAGAUCUUCUGGACUCAUCUGUUCAAAACUGUUUUAAAUACUUAGAACCAGAGUUAACUUUAAGCCUUCAGUCUUCAGUUUUGUACUUGGUCCAAAAAUAAUUGUGUGAAAGUACAUGUAUAUUAAACAUGAUAUAAAUCUGUAGUUGUUUCAUUUGGUCCCUAUAUAGCUGUAUCAGUUUCUGGGUUUUGUUAACAUGGUAAUUAAAUGACUUGAUACUGGUAUUAGCUACUGCACUUUUAGAUAAGAGGGACUUCAUAAGGAAUUAAGCGUUUCUUUCUCAUUAAACCUAAAAAGACUUCUUUUGUGUUGUCAUUGCUGAUUGGCCAAACCAUACUGCUGGAUUCUGAAAUGCAGAGUGAAGACAUUUAUAGGCCAAACGCUGUACAUAUUAAACAUGUAUGUUAAAUGUUGUCGUUUAUGAUUAACCUAUAAACAAGCAUGUAUGUACUUGUGGCAAUGUUUGACGCUCUGUGAUUUGACUAUGAUAUAAGUUACAUGUAUGCGUAGAAAACAUUGGUUGUAUGGGGAAAAUGGAGUGCAUAUGAGACUGGUUGCAUUGAUUUUUUUUCUUUUUUUGUCCCAAAUAAUGGUAUUACUUUACUGUUCAUGUGUCCCCAGGACCACAUUCCAUGAUGGGAAAAAUUCACACCAGAUUUAUGAUUGCAGACAAAUACUUUAAACUCUGUACAGGAUUAUGAAAAACUUGCCCUGUGAAACGCUCAGUUUGUUCAUUCAGAUUUCACACAGACACCAUAUUGAUUGAGAAAUCAGUGUACAUGUAUGCUUUUCUUUGUUGACACAAAACGGAAAUUUGUUUGAAUAACGAUGUAUUUUAAUUGAUGCAUGCGUUCUGCAAUUUAAUGUUAGUAAAUGUUACAAUGUAGAAAAAAUGUCGAGCAUUGGUUUCACUGGUUAAGCUGUUUUUUGUUGAUUUCUUUUUCCAUUUGGACCAGUCCCAAUGUAGAAUUUGCAGAUAGAUUAUGUUGGAAGAUAUGCCAAAUAUUGAAAAGAUCAUGUAGGAAGAGAGACAAAUUUUGACAUUACAUAGGAUUCUUCCCGUUGGCAAACAAGUGUCUUAUCACUACUUGAACUACAUAAACAUAAAAGGAAAUGACCUUUACAAAAAUCAAAGUAGGAUAUGCCAGAUAUUGAAAAGAUAAUGUAGGAAGGGAGACAACUUUUGAAAUUAUAUAGGAUUCUUCCCCUUGGCAAACAAGUGUCUUAUCACUUCUUGAACUACAUAAACAUAAAAGGAAAUGACCUUUAUGAAAAUCGAAGUAGGAAUCACGAAAUAGAUCACUUAAAAUUAUGCAAAGAUAUACUUUCAUUUAUUUUGGUAGAUUUUUGUGAAAAUAGUUAAAAGGCUAGAGUUUAUGAACUAUACUAUCAGAGUUUAAGAACUCUGACAUCACAGGAAGGUUUUCUAACUCUUAAUCAUGACAAUGAUUGUUGGAAUAACUGUUUUUACCCAUGAGUAAAAGAUUACUGAAACUAAUGUUCCCAAAAACUCCUUCCUUCUGAUGAACAUCAGGGAAAAAAGAUGAUGUGACGCCAGAGUUCCUAGAUUCUGUCAAUAUGGCUCAUAAAUCCCACCAUACCAUUCAAAUAUUUGAAUGACUUUCAACACUCUUAAAUAAAAAUAAGUGAUAUUAUUUUUACGCAUAGUUUUCAGUUAUCUAUAUGAUGACCCUUACUUAAUUUUUUAGCUUUCUUUUAAUUUAAGUACAAACAAAAAUUUGAAGGGAGGAAGUUUGGUGAGAAUCUGUGAAACUUUGUAACCCUAUGCCAUCUAGUCAGCCCAGGAGUUUAUUUUUCCGUAUCAUAUAACAUUUAAAUCUUCAUUCAUGUGUUAAUCUUUAAUUUGCAUCCGGUAACCUUGGCAAUCAAGCCAUAAUAUUCUACUUAUGAACAGAUACAUUUAUCAGUGACAGGUACUUAGGUGUACAUGUAUUUGGGGAAAAUUUUAAUAAAAGAAGUAAUGCUCAUUGAAAUUGUUCCAUAAUAAGUGCUUAAAUGAAGGUACAUGUGUGCAUAUCUGUUAUUGGGCCUUUAUAGUCAUAAAUGUGCAAAAUCAUCUGAUCAAAUACUUACCAGCUUUACACACAUUGUGUACUAAUGCAUUGAUAAACAAAUAUUUAACACCUACGAAACAGUUUAAAGGAAUCUGUCUACGCAUUUUAAUGUCAAAAGUCUGCAUUGCAUACAAAACCUGAUUUGGUUGCUUUUUUUCUUUUCCUUUUUUGUUAGAUGGGGGUGGGGAGUUCUGUUUCAGUUUCGGCCUACCAAAUAUAAAACAUUAAAAAUAAAUAAUUCAACAAGAAACUAUUCCAUUACUCAUCAUUUCAUUUUUCAACAUCUGAAUCUCUAAAUAAUGAUUCACUGUGUGUUUUACAGGUUAUAAUGGAAGAGGAAUCGUGCAUUACCUUUGAUUGAUAGACGUAAGAUACAUGACAGACUUGUUUACUGCAAUGUAGUUGUUAUAUGGUGCAGUGCGUUAGUGCAGGAAGGUACAUGCAUGAGAAAUCGAUGUAAUCUGUUUGCUGUCAUACAUAUCUUUACAAUGUCAACCUGGUUCGUCUGUUGUGUACAUUGGCUUCACCCGUAAAUUUUUGGUAACAUUUGGACUGAAACAUGUUGCAGAGUGGUUGUUCAGUUUGUAAUGAGAGUCAGUGAGUGUUAGCCUAUAAUAUUGUGGAUUUGAUGUUGAUUUUGAUAUAACACCAAAGGUAUGAGUGCUGUGGCAAUAGCCUAAUUCCUCAACCUAUUCUGAUAUGAAAGAGCAACUUUCAGUGCCAUUUAAGCACUUUCUAAAUUUUGAUUUUGAAGACAAAACUACAUCGGUUGGAUUGGCCAGUGUUGGGGCUUCACAAAAAUUACAAUUUUAUCAGAAAACACAGAGAAAUGCUUUCCGAAUCUGCUUGAAUAAACAUCUUGCAAACAUGCGGAAAGGUUGAACUACAGUACCUUGUUUAUGUAUUUAUGUUGCUGCAGUGUGUCUGAGGUAUUAUUAAGCCUGCUGUGAAAGAGAGAUUGAAUGUUGGAUUGGAGUGCGAGGGAUGUAUUUAGGAGUCGCGUACAUUUCAAGAGGGACUCCCAGCAAAUGUACAUGUAUGUGACAUUUGUUGUUGAAGUGAUCAAUAAAUGUGUAA